AUGCUUUACCCAAAACAACUGAUGAUUAUCAUGGCAUCGAGAUUGUCGGAUGGUAUGGAAGCGUCUUGUUACUCGCCUUGUCCAGUUUUCAGUGUUGCUCGAGACGAAACCACAUUUAUUGUUGGCUGUGCGCUAGUUGGUCUAGCAGGUGGCAGUAUCUAUUUCGGCUCAUUCACCGUAAUUCCGUCUAUUGCAGUUCCUGACACAAGAGAUGCAUGUGCUGGACUUGCUGGUGCUGUGUGGGGUGUUGCUAGUGUGAUUGGCCUUUUGGUAGAAGGACGAUACAUGUCACACGCAUUUUGGCGAUGGUGUAUGUUAGAUAUUUCUGAAUUUCAAAGGCCUGGGGAUAACUCAUCUUGCCUAGGCUUUGAUAUAAAUCUUCCUUUUGGUGGAGCCCUAACAGUAAUAAUUGCCUUUUUUUUUAUUGCACUGAUGUAGCAAAGCCAGUGAAAGCAAUAUCUCGCGGAUAGAUUCCUGAUACGAGUAUAAUCGGAAUCAUUAUGAUCAUGUGUUUUGCUAUAUGCCACCUACCUGCUUUUCAGAAG